GGCCACGGGCUGGCAGUUAGAUUAUGCGAGUCAUGGUUUAAGCAUCAAAGAAAAAUAUGAUUAAACUAUUUACAAUUAUUGUGUUUUUAGCCGCGGGGCUCCAAUGUAAAGUAAUACCGGACGAAGCCCCGGCUUCGAUAUCCUCAGAAGAACGAACCGCUGGAGAAUCCGAUAUUUCCCCAGAACAACGCACAGUUGAUAAAUCCGAUACUUCCCCAGAAGAACGAUCACUUGAUAAAUCCGAUGAUGCAGCAAGUGACGCAGCCAGUUCAAGAAGUACACCAGAAAAUUCUAGUGAGGGGACAGUAGAAGAAAAAGAAGCUAUGUCCAAGUCUGAUACGUCGGAAGCUACUGAAGAACGUAGCGCUGGAGAAUCGGGAAGCUCGGAAAGGCACGAACGAUCUACCGACGAAACCAGCAAGGAAGGUACGAAGGAAGAAACCAGGUCCGCAGACGUUAAUGAUGAAAAAGAUGCCAUCAGAGCAUCCAAUCCAGAAAAAGCUGCAGGAUCUAGUAGAACAGGCCCAUGUGCUAAGUGUGCAGGGACUUCAAGGAAUUCUAAGGGAAAUAGUGACUCAAGCCAAACUAGAUCAGGUGAACAUGAACAUGAUAAUGCGGAGCCAGAAUUAAAAUCAGGAAUCAUCAAAUCUGAAACUGCUGAUCGAGAUGAUGCAUCACAUAUAAACAUUAAAGAAUCAAGACAAGCUCCUGAAGAAGGUAACAUAGAAACGCCCAAUCUGCGAAGUCCAAGCGAAGAUAAUUCUAAAACCGGAUCUGGAGAAAACAAGAACUCUAAAAUAGCACCAGUUGAAUCAAAAGGUGCAAGUGAAGAUUCGCAAUUAAGAACUGCAACCCCAGAGGAGAAUGUACCGACCUCCAAAGAUGCUGAACAAGACGCUCGAUCAGAUUUAUUAUCAGACGUCGGUGUUGAAUCGCUUGUGAGAUCUGAUAUUGAAGCUUUGACUGACAUUUCUCCAAUAAAAAGUCUCAGAAUUUUACAUCAAAAAUCUCCUCUUCGAGAUAGCAUGCCUGAUUUACCAGAAGCAGCAGCAGAAACGAGAAUGGCUCCACAAGAAGACUCGCCACUGUCAGGGCUGCAGGUAACAGCGAGCCCGGUCAGUCCGAAUAUCCGUAUUCGCCUUUAGAAAAUUCAAACCCCGAUAUUUCUAACAGGCUCCCAUCGUUUUCUAACAUACUUCCAAGAAAUUCUUUUCCAACUAGGAAGUCAUUUACUUCACCGCAAAAUUGGCUCCCACCGUUUGAUGCAAAUAAAACAUUUAAGUUGCUGCCACCUCUUUCAUCGCCGGAA